AUGAUCCAGAUGAAUUUGUGCACGUUCGCCCUUUUUUGGCUCCCUCUCGUUGCUGCCCAGUAUGGAGGAGGAGGGGAUGCCAGUAGUACUACUACGACUACGGAUACGCCUACUGCGAGCUCAACAACCAGUGCAUCCUCUUCGAGUAGCACUGUCUCGGUUGAUGUCGGCGAAGAUGGCUUCACCUUUAAUCCAGCAACUAUUAAUGUUCCUAAAGGGGGCGUCGUCGAGUUCGGUUUCUAUCCAGGCGAUCACUCGGUUGCCCAGGCCGCAUUUGACAAUCCAUGCCACCCCCUGAGCGAUACGAGCUUCUUCAGUGGAUUUAUGGCAGAUGCUCAUGACGGAAAGCCUGUCUGGUCGUUGACAGUUAAUGAUACAAACCCGAUCUGGUUCUACUGCGGCCAAAUUGGACAUUGUCAAGCUGGCAUGGUCGGUGUGAUUAAUCCCUCUGGCUCCGAUACACUUGAUGAAUUCAAGUCGAAAGCCUCAAGUGCAAGUGGCCAGAGUGUGCCAGCCACUGCUCAAGGUGGUGUUCUCGGUACACCAAGUGCCAGUGCUGCACAGACAACCGCAACUGCCAGUGGCACGACUGCGAGCGGCACGACUGCCAGCGGCAUGACUACCAGCAGCAGCACAUCGACUGCCAGUGGUACUACCAGUAGCGGUAGCUCCAGUCCUAAAGCCACGAAUACGGCGGACAGUUUACACCUUUCAACUGAUCUUAGUGUCUUGUCCCUUCUUACCUUAAUGAUGGCUGGGUUUAUGAUCUAG